UGUAGCACAGCACAGUGAAGUACCUCAUCGCCGUUUGCAGAUAGAAACUUUAUUCUUUUUUUCCAUGCUCCCUUCUUGCAGCUAAAGAAAAACAGCUAUAAAGGGAACGUUUGUCUUCGUUCCUAGUGGAGUCCACGAUGACAUCGGCUGAGGCCGGAGAUCCGACCUUGAAAAAGCCCGAUCCCCUUCCUCGGUCAGUGACCCUUUUUGUGAACGAUGUGGGCUCCCCCAUGCGCUUCUACCUGCGCCCCGGCCCGGCUAAGAGCCGCUUCGCCGCACUGAUCGAGGCCGGAGGCGGGAUGAUGUGCGGGGUCCAGGAGCCGGGCGCCAUUCUGCUUGCUGAUCCGAAGGAGUUGAAUGGGAAGGCUGCUGCGGGCUACGUUUCUACCCAUUACAUACUGGACUGCGUGGGGAAAAAUGAGCAGCUGGAAAUGCACGACUACAAGCUGGGCCAAGACCACGCUGCUAGCGCGCCCUCUGUCAGUAAGAAGAAGAGGAGCACCUCUGGGCGAAUGGGGUACACCAACAGCGAGGACGCUGCCAUUCUGCAGUACCUGAGCAGGCACAAGGGUGAAGUCAAAGGGAACCGUAUCUGGCAGGCCAUGGCGAGAGAGGGCAUCACCAGUCACAGCUGGCAGUCCAUGAAAGACCGCUACCGCAAGCACUUGCAGGGCCGGCCGGUGCCGCAGCCAGAUGACCGCGAGGAGAAGGGGGAAGACUCUGACGAUCAGGACAGGACAGAGAAGGAGUCCUCCGGAAGACCCAUUCAGCCACCCCUGGUGGAGGAGAAUGGCCCCGAGUCUCCAGGAUCCUCGGACGAGCCCCCUGCUGGGAACGAUGUGGCGCCGGAGAUGGGGAAUGAGAAGGAGGAGCAGUGCCAGGUGACGAGCGCAGAGGAAGAGGAAACCAGUGAGGAGGAGUCAGUGCAGAGGCUUAAGCAGGUGAAUAGACAGGAACUGAAGAGGAAACGAGGGAGUAGGGAAACGGCGCAGGCUGUAAAGACAUCCACACCCAAGCAGACAAAAACAAACAUUUUGAAGCAAGCAAUCCGUGAAUUUGAGUCUGAUGAUGAGACUCCAGAGUUAAUGAUUACCAACGUGCCUCAAAAUGAGCCCCGUUCUCCAGAAAGUGGACCUCCUCUCCAGAACCAAGAACAAGAUAUUCAGACCAGAGAGGUGGAGGGCGGGCACCAGACUCCGCCUGAAGGCAUGGAGGAAGCCCAGUGUAGUUCUCCUGCCAAAGUCCAGGAGACAAGGGCUUUGGCACAGGAGGACGGCAUCACUGAAAAGAUCAGCGUGAAAGGGUUUGUCAUGAAUAAGGACUCACAGAUCCAGGUCGAGGAGAUGCUGGCCUCCCACGCCAAUGAGACGCCUCCUCAAGAAGCAGUGCAGGAAGCCAUCAAGGCUGUCCAUUUCCUUAUGGAAGAAUGUAACCUGAGCUUUGUCAAGGCGAUGCAGAUCCUCCUGAAAAACAGUGGCGACUUCCAGGCCUCCCUUCACUACCUGCGCACGGGUCACCGGCCAGACCAGCUGCCCCUCUGGACUCACGAGGAUGACUGCGUUUUGUUGUCAGGCGAGUCCAGCAGCCAGGAUGCCCUUAUUGAAAAAUACGGGGAGGAUGGCUUGGCAAAGAGAAUUGCUUUCCUUCUUGGCACAGAUUGAGCCGAUCAAGGACAGAGGAUCUUCUCUGGGACCGCUCUUUUAGAACGUUUUGCUGACUGUUGCAGCUUACUUUUGUAAACCCAGUGCAAAGUGUUGUUUAUUGAUGAGCGUUUUUUCAUCUUGUGUUCCAAUCUAUGUCCUGGGUUUAUGGAAGGGUUCUGGCUUUGAAAACUGUAUUUCAAAGUGUUUGAUACUCUUGGGUAUCUUAGGUAGUGUUCAGCACCAUUCUUGACUUCCAGGUGUCAUGGUGAGUAACUCUUCUUCAGGACUAAUCCAAUGCAGUGUAUUCAGAUUCACUAUUCAACUAUUGAUCAUUUUUCUUCAUGCUUUUAUAAAUCAUUUUAAUGCAUUUAUUCCUAGUCCUAGUUCCUCUUGCACUUAUGGUAACAGUGUUGCAGCUCCAACUCUCCUUUAUCUCCCAGUGUACCCAGGUUUUUGAUUCAUCCGGCCCAUAAUUGCAUAUUUGAACAUCUGCACUGAUUAAUAUAGCAUGUAAAGCACACCUGUACUGGAUUUUGAAACAUGUCUAGGUACAAUGAGUGCAUCAUCCAUUUGAAAGCAUUGUUGAUUUUCCAGUAAAAUAUCAUGUGGAGAUUGGAUUAUAACCCUUGGAACAGUAUGGGGACCCAGAACUGGUACUGGUAUUGGCUAAAAACGCUGAAUUACAGAUUAUAAAUACCCUCCCCUAGGGCUAUGCACAUAAGUCUCUUUCUUUGUACAUAUUUUUAGACUUUGAAAUAUUUGUAAAUGUAUGUGGUUCUAUGGAAAAAUGUAGUUAUACAGUGAAUCAAAUAAAUUGCCAUGUACCUAUAUAAAAUAUUCCACAUUUGACAAAAUUGUAAAUGACCUAAAGUAUGAAAUGACAGUCAUGAAUGUGAUUGUCUUGUUCUAGUGAUAGAUAUGCCUUUAAUGUAUAUGUACGUGGAUAUUGUUAGUUUUUUUUCACAUGGCACUCUACUGCUAAUAAAUGUGAGCAGUGCUUUCUGCAUAUUAAUAAUUAGUGUUACUGUGUCUAUUGUAAUGUUUCUGUUGUUCAUAUGCAUUUGACUUCAUUUUCAUUUAAGCUGCACCAGAGAUGAUCUAGUCAUUUGUAUGACUGGAUGUCGGAGUUUGACUUAUGGGUUCUGUUUUGUGUAUAGACAUUGUUUUCACAGAUUUUGUCACAGUCUCUUUUUGUCCAAGUAAACUGAAUCUGAACCCCAAAAUGUUUUUGACAUGUGAAAUUUCCAAUUAUAGCAAGUCAGAAUACUUUGUAAUACAGCAUUGUUUUCUGUGCAUUAAGUGAAUUUUGUAUAUUCAACAUUUCUAAAAAAUAUAUUUUUUAAUAUGUGGUUAAUUGGGGGGGGUCAUAAGGCAUUUAUAAUGAUUUAAUCUGUAUAAUCUGUGAAGUUUAUUAUUUUGUUACAUACCACUGUAUUUAAUUUUAAAAAACUGAUGAAAGUGAGCAAAACUAGGUGUACCUUUGAGUCUGGAAUUAGUCAUCUCUACAUUAAUACUGUUAGUUUUUUAUUUACUGAAAACAAAAAGUUUUUCUUUCCAUGAAUGUUUCUGAUGUUUGGCAGGAUGAAUAUGAAUUUCGUAAUAUACUUUGCAAAGAUAAAGAUGAAAAAAUCCCACAUAUUUAAGAUUUAACCAUUGAAUCUGAAAAGUUGGGAAUGUCUUAUACCUGCACUGUUUUCCUGAUCUUUAUGACUUUAAAGUGAUUGCAAUUUC